AUGAACGGAUCAACUUGCUCUUCAUCCUCAUCCUCAUCGUCAACAUCAUCCUCAUCAUUCGCAGCAUUGGGAUUCACAGACUUCCCGACCAGCUCUAGCUCAUCUUCGUCUUCUUCAUCAGCCGUAGCGGAGAAACUCUCUGCAGGAGCUACAAUCUCCUUACCAUCUUCAUCUUACUCUCAAUCACCCCGAAGAGCAUUCUCCUUACCUUCCAAAAUCAAAUUGCCAUUCACAUCUUCACCCAUCACUUCACCUAACAUCAACAUCGGUUUAGGCUUGGGAUCACCCAUGAUCCCACUUCAUUCGCCCACGCGGUCAACCGCCAGGAGGUUCUCGUAUAAUAUGAAAUCGCGUAUAUCCCAUUACUCCCUUCCUCUCACUGUCGGUGGACUCUUCACUUUGGCGUUGUUCAUCUUUGUCUCACUGAAUGGAUCAAGCGAAGUCAGGCGAUUCAACUCUUCUAGUCGAUUACAGUUGUAUGGUCGAUCUAGAUUUUCAGAGGAGGAGCAUCAAUUGAAAAUGGCCCAUCCAUUACACCGACCAGAUGAAGAACCCGAUAAUGGAAUAUCCCUCUUGGUCAAUGAAGAAGAGUUGAUAGCGGAAGAUGAUUUGUUUUGGGAUUCAUACAAGGAUCCAGAACCUUUAUCAUACGAAGAACAAAAGGAACAAGAAGAGAUGAAAGCCCAUCAAGCGGAUGUACAAAAACAGGAUAAACUACAAUCGUUACGUGCUCUCAUAUGGUGGUUGGCUGAAGGAGGUAUAUUACCAAACGAUUGGGAAGUACCUACCAAGCAGUACCUUAAGAAGAUUGGUGGAAGAGGUAUGGAGAGAUUGUUGGAAGAUAUUGAUUCGGGUGAAGAAGGGGAUGAGAUAUUUGAUAAUGGUUGGGCAGAAUUUGCCAAUAGGAGAUACAGAGUGGUCAUCUUUUCCAAGACCCACUGCCCAUACUCCAAGAAAGCUAAAUCGAUCUUUGGCGAAUACCACAUCUCACCCGCACCAUUCAUCAUUGAACUGGAUCAACGAUCCGAUAUGGACCAGAUCCAAACUCUCUUACAGAGAAUAACAGGUCGACGAACCGUACCAAACAUCUUAUUGGAUUUCGCUUCUAUCGGAGGAUCAGACGAUGUCACCUUGUUACAUUCCGAAGGUGGUUUACAAAGAACUCUAGAAGAUAUGGAAGUACUUCCUUUCUCUAGAAGGAGGAAACCUGUUCUCCCACCACCACAACCGCCUGUACCGAUCGUCGAAGAACCUGUUUUACCGGUUGAUCAGGCCGUGGUCAAACGAGAAGAUGUACCUGUUGUGGGUAAUAACGAACUCAAAAGGGCUCCUUUGGUUUCUGAACAGGAAGAACAGGAAGAGGAAGAACAAUCUGAAGAGGAAUCGGAAUCGGGAUCGGAAUCAGAAACUUUGUUCACUCCUCCAUCGAGCGAUACGGAGGAAGAGGAUGAAGUUAUUGUCAAGAGGGAAGAAGACAAACCUGUCGAACCUAAAUUUAUCGAUUUGAAUAAUCGAAAUACAAUUAGAGACUUGAACUUACCCCAACUACCAAAAAGGCAAACCAACGCCGAGAGAUUCAUAAAUAAACGUAGGGAUGCUCCGGGUACGGGUACAUUGGGGUUGACCUCUAGGGAUGAAAGAGGUAGCUGGAAGGAAGGUAGUGGUUUGUUGAUUUAA